AUGGGAAGCAUGGUAAAUGUUAUCUUCCGUGACUCUCUCAAAAGGAUGAACAUAGAACUCAGGGAAGUUACCCCAACGCCAAAACCACUGACGGAGUUUUCGGUCGAAGUAUUGAUGACUCUCGGAUCGAUCCAGCUACCAGUCAUGGCCAAGGACAUCACAAAGAUCGUCGAUUUCGCGGUGGCCCAUCAUCCAGCCAUCUACAACGUGAUCAUGGGAACCCCAUGGCUUAUCGCCAUGAAAGCCGUUUCGUCUACAUAUCAGCUGGGCAUCAAAUUCCCGACCCAUAGCGGGAUCGCAGCCAUCUGGGGUUGUCAGAAACAGUGGCGGCUUUGCUUUCUCGCAGAGCAUAAGUUAAGACAAAUCACGACUACCGCGAUGGCAAAUCGCAAACGCACAAAGUUGGCUCAGCCUUCGGCCGAAAACACUUCAAAGAAAGACGAUUCGACAUAG